GACAAUUCAAUUGACUCAAUGUAAACAAUAAGUAGGUAAUUAAUUUCAAAUCGUAACUAUAUGAAUUAUAUGAACUUACAGAAUUAUUUAAUACAUAAAAGCACAGAGCAAGUAAUCAUAAAAGUAGUGCCACUAUAUAAAUGACUACAGAAACUUUACAAGAUUAUUCAAACGAUGUACAGAGAUUAAAAAAAGAGUGCAUUGAUGCGGGCAUUAGCGAGGAUGAGUUCCGACGGAUGUAUUUAGAAUCCCUUCGAAAUCUAGAAAACUCAAAUCAACCCAAGCGUAAACUAUGGCUAAAGAUAUUCAUCGUAAUAUUUGCUCUUUCAUGUAUAAUAGCACUUACUACACACUAUAGAGAAAUUUAUAGUUUUAUCAUUUGCAAUCUACAAGAAUAUAUUUAUCCAGGACUGCGGUUCUGGAGACAAAUUUCUAUUCCAUUUCUAUCCCUAUUCCCGGCAUUAACAGGUCUGCAUCAAGAAACAUGUUUGAUCCAAAACCCUUACUUUACGGUAGUGGAUAUGGAUUGUUGGCCUUGUAGUAAUGUUCAAAAUGUCAGAGAAAUACAAAAUCCCAAUCCUUCACAUAGGCAGCACAUUUCACCCUUGAUUUAUUUAACUAAACAACCAGAAUUGCCAUGGACACAAUUAUGUGAAUUAUAUAUUAGAAAUAGUAAGAUAUUUGAUGCAGAAAGUCCUAAAGUAUUAGUAAAUAAUAAAUAUUAUUUAACACCUGCAGAUGUGUUUGGUAAAAAUCAUAAUAGAAAUACAGAUAAUAAUCUGUAUAUUUGGAAAAUAAACACAUUGAAUGCAGCAAGAACAUUACGACAGUACAUUCCAAGGCCCAAAAUUGUGCCAAAAUUUGGUCAAAGCUCAGAAAGAUAUAUAAUUGUAGAUACAAAAGGAAAUCAAUUUCAAGUGCCAGAUACAGAAUGUAAUUUCUCAUUUUUAUUAGUAUUAAGUGGAAAGAGAACUGUUACAUUGGCACCUGCUGAUGAAUGUAAGCAUCAAUGUAGAUCUCUAGAGAUAAAGUUACCGGAAUCAUACUUGUUGUGGUACAACUGGUGGUAUUGGAGACCUACUGUCCAGCAAACUUUACAUAACGAAACAUUCAUUGCUCAUGUUGGAUCUUAUUGUUGAAUAAUAGUAAAAAUUUAUCCUAA